CUUAGUAAAGUCUAAUGCAAUAUGUCAAGUUGAAAUAGUUGAAGAUAGAAAAACAAAAAAAUGUAGCCGCACAUAUGAUCAUUCUAACUCAAAUUCAACAACAACAAUAAACUAUCAUAUAAUACAAGAAUAUGAUAUAAUUCUUCAAAGUCUGGCUAAAAAG